CACAUACUGUGAAGUAUCAGAACGAUGGAAGUUGCGCCCGCGCUGUCUAGGAAGUACUUCUAUGGAGUGUACCUUCUUACCUCCAAAAAGCCGACCUGCAAAUACCAUACCUAUGUUGGAUUCUCAGUCGACCCACCCAGAAGGCUCCGCCAGCACAAUGGCGAGCUGACUAUGGGCGCUAAGAGAACACUGCGGAAGAGACCCUGGGAGAGUGUGUUAGUGGUCCACGGAUUCCCAGAUGAAAAGGCAGCCUUGCGGUUCGAAUGGGCCUGGCAAAACGGCAAGGCUUCCAGACACAUAUCGUCAUCCCCAACCAUCCAGGGUUUAGCAAAGACUACGGUGACUCGCUUACCUAAUAUGCUCAAGGUGGUCGAUUGCAUGCUGAACACUGUGCCGUGGAAUCGACUGCCACUGACUAUUCAG